AUGGCAAAUACUCGGAAUUUGUUCUUUUAUGCUCCAACUUGGGAUUACCCAGCCGAUGGCCCCAUCAAGCUGGGCAAUGUGAUUACAUCUGUCAAAAAACCCGAGCGGCCACUCCAUUGCGUUCCGCCUAUAGACUCUGACAUAUUCUCGACCGAGAAAACGAACGUCAAGCACACCCAAGAUGAAUCGCAGAACGAGAAAUUCUCGAUUUUGGUUAAAUUCUUCCACCUUUUUGGUCUUGAUGUCCAAGUCAGUGUAGGUCGACAGACUAGUGAUCAGAGAAAAUUCUCUUUUAAAACUAUCGAAACAAGGCAGUUUAUUCCAACGCUGUCAUAUAUCCAGGCAUGUGUUGAGAAUAGCAAUGUCCGCCGCUUCCUCGAAAUGUCUCGCUACCGCAAGCCAGUCUAUGUCAUCACCGGCCUAAAGAUAGUCUUUGGCGAUGAGGCCAGCAUGGUUACGUCUCACUCGGUCCGGGAUUCUCCCAUUGUUCAAAUUGAUAGCGCCAUACCACAAGUUGGGCCAAUCAGACUCAACGGACUUGGCUCUGGGAACAGCAUUGCUACCAGGGCCGUUACUGAGUGGGAAAGCAGUGACAACUUUGUGUUUGCAUUCCGGGUCAGUAAAGUUCUUGUGGGUAAGACAACGGGCCGCAUCAUUAGCGAGGAAGGUUACCGCAGAGGAGCUAUGCUUGGCGACAAUGUAGAGUUGCAAGAAAUUCAAGGCCCACCGCUUUCUAUCCUCAAGAUUGAACACCCGGAUGCGGAAGGUGAAGGAUAUGACAUAGAGGAAUUGACGGAAGGUGAAGAUGUUGUGAUUUGUGCUCUUCAGAGACAAAAUGAUUCAUAA